CUACAGAUUUCUGCUUUUAGAUAUGGAACUUGAAAUGUAGUUUUAAAGUGAGUAUUUUCUUUUCUUGUGAGGAAUUUAAUGCUCAAGAUUAUAGUAUCGGAACACUAUCUUGCUCUUAAUUAUCUGUAUUGUCCAACAUCGCUCUCUCUCUCUCUCAUACCCUCACUGUUUGGAUUUCAAUGAUGACAAAAGGUUGUUGAUUUUAGUAAGCACGUGUAGCUUCAGGGUGUUUUUAUUUGUUUUGAUACUCAUGGCAGAGUUGGCUCAAUGGAAUCCUUAUGACACGCUGGCCGCUAUUGCAACAUGCAGCCAACAACACGAAGACGUUGUGAAUACUGGACAACAAAGGCCGUUUCAGCGUUGUUUCCCCCUCCAGUGAUGUUGUUUCACACCUUGGAGAAGGAAACAAUAGGUCUUUAUUCGUCUUGGACAUCAGCACAAUGGAUGUUACAAAAACUCUAGCCAUGUAAAUAACAACUACGCAUAAUCAACUAGCCACACUUUGUUAAUCCUUCAUUUGACAUGAACCUUACUAGGAUUUUGAUUGGCGGUGAUAGGGGAAAGGGAGGAGCAACAGGGAAUAUAAAGUCAGCAGACCUGGACAUCCUCCAGUUCACCGUAACGCUUUUACAGUGAGAGGUCGUUGCUUUUUCAGUGUGCCUGAGUAUCGUUUCUCAACAUCUGUCGUGAAUUUUCAAGUAUGGAAAGUUUUUCAGUUCCUUUGGUGAAGUUCAUUUCUGGUGACUUUUGGUCAUCCGUGAAGAUGAGGCAAGUGCGCGUUCUGUGCCAGAAGACGAUCACGCCGGUUCAAGUUCUGGAAGCGGCAAUGGAAGACGACAACUCCAUUCGCAAGGCCAUCAAGAAGAUACGUCUCACAGACUGCCAAGGCCGGGACAGUUGGCUGGAGAUUUUUCACGAAAUCAGUUUCAUGGACUACGCUUCGCAUCCGCACAUCAUGAAGAUGGACUGGGCAGUAAAGUGCAAGGACUUUGUAGCUAUCUGCAUGCCUCUGUGCUCACGAGGAUCUUUGCAUGAUGCGCGUCACCGUCUCAACAGGGAGCAGUUAGAGCGCUGCUUCGUGCAGACCGCCUGUGCACUGAGAUAUCUUCACAACAGGUGGGCUGUACACGGGGACGUGAAGCCUGCCAACGUAUUCCUGGAUGAAUCCAACAACGCUAUUCUCGGUGACCUGGGAAUGUCCCGCCUUCUGGCACACGGACAAAACAGAGUGAGCAGCAAGAACGUACUCGGAACAAAAGGCUAUCUCGCUCCAGAGAUCCAGAGUGACAUCACCGUAGAUCCUUUUCUGGUGAGUAACUGCAGAGUUUUCUACUUAGUGAGCUUGUUUAUUUGCGUGUUUGAUUUGUUGAAGUUUAAUGUUGUGUAAAAGUUGUCCUGAUGUUUGGUUUGUUUGUUUGUCUGUCGGUAUGUUUUUGUGGCUUUGUUUCUGCUGUAAAUUUAUUGUAUGUUUUUA